GUCACACCUGCAGAGAGGGGAUUAUAAUCCUGACACACCUAUAAAAAAAAAAGCUUCUUUCUUGAUGUGGCACAUGCUAACGAGGCUAAUACAGAGCUGCGCAGCUCCGAUGGAGGCCGGUUGCAAAGCAGUGGUGCAUGUGUUGUUGUUGGCCUUGCUGGCGCAGGCGGCCUUGGCUCAACACUGGUCAUACGGAUGGCUGCCAGGUGGGAAAAGAAGUGUGGGAGAGCUGGAGGCCACCAUCAGGAUGAUGGGUACAGGGGGUGUGGUGCCUCUUCCCGAAGAGGCGAGUGCCCAAACCCAUGAGAGACUUCGACCAUACAAUGUAAUGGAUGAUGAUUCCGAUCAUUUUGAGCGAAAGAAAAGGUUCUCUUAUAAAUGA